AUUCAACUAGCCUCAUGUCAUGAAUAUGCAUAAAUAUCUCGAGACAACUUUGAUAUUAACUGUUUUUUUCUCAAAUUUUCCGGGAUGUAACGUGUCCUACUUACAUCGUACCAACUUAAGCCUUACGAAACUUAUAUUCGAUCAAAUAAACCUCAAGUAGCAAAUAAGCUAUUUUUUUUGUUUACCAAAUUCGACACUCAUUGACCGACAAACAAAAACUCCUAUGCUUGGAGGGCUUAACAACGAAAAACCGCCACCCGCUGGAGGGAGACUGAUUUUCCUCGGAGUUGGGCUUCUCUCUUCCUCUUCCUCUCUAAUACCUCAGUGCACUGAGUUAAAAACAAUUUUUUUAAACGUUUUUUAGUCAUUUCCCGCAACCAGUAGUGGGCGGCAAUACACCAUUUCCGGUGUUGUCCGCCGUAAAACACCACCAUCGAAGAAGAUUAUUAAGGUCAGAUUGAUACAAGAAGUGAAGAUGCCGACUGCCUACGAGAGGUUCAAUUUGCACACCAGCCCAGAGAAGUUCUACAUUGAGGCCUGUGAUGACGGGGUGGAUGCAGUUCUGGCCAUCGACAGGGUGUCCAAUGAGAUGACCCUGACUGGGAAGAAGGAUGUUCCGUCGUCAGCCAACACCAGGCCCAUCUGUGGCAUCAUGGGAACUGUCCGCCUGGUGGCAGGGAUGUACCUGAUUGUCAUCACCAAGAAGAGGAAUGUGGGCAGCCUCUUGGGUCACGCUGUGUGGAAGGCAGUGGAUUUUGACAUCAUUUCCUACAAAAAGACUGUGCUUCACCUCACUGAGAACCAGACGCAAGACAACAAGACAUUCCUGUCCAUGAUUAACAACGUGCUGACUACAGAUGGAUUCUACUUCUGCACUGACUAUGACCUGACCCACACCCUCCAGAGACUGGCCGACGUCAGCCACGACUUCCAGGAAAUGAGCCUGCUGGAGAGGGCAGAUCAGAGGUUUGUGUGGAAUGGAAGCCUCCUGAGAGAGUUCCUUACCCAGCCGGAGCUCCACAAGUUUGCGAUCCCUGUUGUCCAUGGCUUCAUCGUGAUGAAACCGUGUCGUGUCAACGGGAAGAUCUUUGAAUGGAUCCUCAUCUCCAGGAGGAGCUGCUUCAGGGCUGGGGUCAGGUACUACGUCAGAGGUAUCGAUUCUGAGGGCCACGCUGCUAACUUUGUGGAGACUGAGCAAAUAGUCCUGUACAAUGGAGGAAGGGCUUCAUUCGUACAGACACGAGGCUCCAUGCCCUUCUUCUGGUCUCAGAGACCCAACCUGAAAUACAAGCCCAAACCACUGAUCAGCAAGAACACCAAUCACAUGGAUGGUUUCCAGAGGCAUUUUGACUCCCAGGUCCUCAUCUAUGGAAAGCAAACCAUUCUGAACCUGAUCAACCAGAAGGGUUCAGAGAAGCCACUGGAGCAAGCCUUUGCCAAGAUGGUGUCUGGCAUGGAGAACGGCAUGAUCAAGUACGUAGCAUUCGACUUCCACAAGGAGUGCAGCGGGAUGAGAUGGGAUCGUCUGAAUAUCCUGGUGGACAAUGUGGCUGAGACACAAGAUGAAUACAGCUACUUCAUGGUCGACGCGGCGGGGAAGGUGUUGUCCCAGCAGAAGGGGACGUUCCGCAGUAACUGCAUGGACUGUCUGGACCGUACCAAUGUCAUCCAGAGCAUGCUGGCCCGCCGUUCCAUACAGUCCCAGCUACAGGUAGGAAGUCCCCCAGAGCUGGCCCGCUGUUCCAUACAGUCCCAGCUUCAGGUAGGAAGUCCUCCCGAGCCGGCCCGCCGUUCCAUACAGUCCCAGCUACAGAGGAUGGGUGUCCUGCAUGUGGCCCAGCGGAUUGAGGAACAGGCCGAUUUUGAGAAGAUCUACAAGAAUGCUUGGGCUGACAAUGCCAACGCAUGCGCCAAGCAGUACGCCGGUACGGGAGCCCUGAAGACUGACUUCACAAGGACAGGGAAGAGGACCCAGAUGGGUCUGGUGAUGGACGGCGUGAACUCUGCCAUCCGUUACUACAAGAAUAACUUCUCUGACGGUUUCAGACAAGAUUCCAUUGAUUUGUUCCUUGGAAACUAUGCUGUUGACGAAACGGACGGCCCCACUCCACUCCGUAUCCAGAAGGACUGGAAGUUCCUCACGCUGCCCAUCAUCAUGGUGGUCGCGUUCUCCAUGUGUAUCAUCUGUCUCCUCAUGGCUGGUGACACGUGGACUGAGACCCUGGCCUAUGUGUUGUUCUGGGGCGCUGCCGCCGCCGUCACCGCUGCUGUCAUCGUCUUCAACGGCCGCGACUUUGUGGACGCCCCCAAACUGGUGCAGAAAGAGAAGAUGGACUGAACCUGUGUGUAUGUGGAAAGCAGCUCGGCUCAGCAGACUCCUAUACCUCUUAAUUCAACUCUUCCUCUUCUUCCUCCCGGCUGCUCGAGGCUCGGACUCUGCACAUAACUGCUCUCUACGCUGUCGUCCUAGGGGGCGGCAUCCCAAAUGGCACCCUAUUCCCUAUAUAGUGCACUUUAAUGGGGUGCCAUUUGGGAUGUAGCCUUAUAGUUUCUAUUGGGGCUUCUAUUCUAACCCUGAACUCCUGUUUAUCAGGCAGCAAACCCGUUGAGCUGAACUGUAGUCUCCUAUCAGACUCUCUCACCUCCUUCACUUUCCAGGCCAUCAUCCUAUUCCACAUUCCUUAGAUCAUGGUGUUUCAUUUAUUUUGUUGUCUGGUGUUGGAGAGGGUUGGUGGUUGGCGUAGUCGGCCGACCGUGGUGACGGUUUAACCAACUUAAGGCACACAGGGUUAUUAGAGUUCUCUGAAAACACGUCACAACUUCAGUGAAUUGCAGGAGAAUUCUUCAUUUUCCACUAAGGCAACUUAAACAAGAAUAUUCAUGUAAUACACUAAUGAAUGGUUUCUUUGGUUUAACUAUUGUUUACUGUAAUUUAAUAAAAUGCAAUUAUGUAUUUUAAACUAGAAAUCCACAGAGAAACGGUUGGCAUUUUCACAGGCACUAGAAUGACUGGGGUACAUUGUUCAGAAAGAUAACAUGUUUUGGUUGUCCUAUUGAACGUAAUAAGCCUUACUAAACUCAUUUUAAAAAGCGCUAUACAACUAAACUAGCUAGUUAUCCUAGAGAAGAAUGACGUGGAGGGGGAGAAUGUCUUCCUACUAUGAACAUAAUCAUGUAUAGUAUUUAUGAUUCUAUUUAUAAGUAAGGGUUUUGUGCUUGUCUUACCAUCUUAGUUUUGCACUUUGGGUGAACAUCUAAGAAGUUGCACAUAGUAUUUGAUCUGAGAGGUGUGAAAUCUUUCAAUGUUCAUUAAUUGUUGGUUGUAGUGGUCAUUAUACCAGUGUUCUCCAACCCUGUUCCCGGAGAGCUGCAGUCCUGUAAGUUCAUUCCAACCCUUACCUAGCUCACCUAUUAGCUGGUUGAUCAGCUGAAUCAGGUUCGUUACAACUGGGGUUGGAGCAAAAACCUGCAGGAGGCUAGCUCUCCGGGAACAGGGUUGGAGAGCCCUGCGCUAAUACCGUAGUUGUCAUGUGGUGGCCAUUUUCCAGCUGUUUAUAAUAACCUUGUCUUGUCUGUGUGUUCUAGUUGACGUCUCACACGUUUUUGAAGUGUUAUCUUGCUGAGGGUUUUCCCCCUAGCACUACUAAAACCCUCAGUGGAUUGAGUUUCAUACUCCUGCUCUAGAUCGGUGUUUUCCAAACCUGGUCCUCCAGUACCCCAAACAGUAAACACUAUUGAAACCCUUUACAAGCACACUUGAUUCAACUAAUCGUCAAGCCCAUCAAUGAGUUGAACGAGGUGUGUUUGUAGCCCUUGACAAUUCAACUGUACUGUUGGUGGACCAGGGUUGGAAAACACUGAUUUUAGAUACUGCCUUAACAAGCUCGCCCCACAAUGGAUGACGGGGUGGACUUAAGAUAAUCGUUCCUUGUUCUCAUGAAUAUGAUUGCGUCAGAUUAAUGGUUUUCAGGGUGUUUCCAGAUGUACUGUAUUCAUUAGAGAUUGUAUUGUAGACUGUUUAUGUUGCUAUGCCUUUCUGUGCCUGCUUUCCAGCUUGGAUUUCGAUCUUGCAUUCAUAAUACAGAAGUAGUUGUCAUGGUGUAAAUAUUCUAGAACAGAAUUGCAAUUCCAUUGCUCAUUUAGAAUGUGUUUGUAGUAAGUUUUAGAUCUUUAGUUAAGUUAGAAUCAUGUUUAUAUGCUAGAACUGUUUUAUUCAAGCUGGGCAGUGGUAACACCAGAGGGGAGGACCAACUCAAGCUUGUCUACUGUGCUACCGUUAUGCGUUUCCAUGAACAUAUCCUUGUAAUUAUAUAAACUGUAUAUUUUACAUUAAGAUUGUAUGCUGAGCACUUAGUUGCAGAUACUAAAUGUAAAGAUCAAGCAGUGGUUCUUUGUUUUUCUUCUUUCUGGAUGAGACUUUAGAAGAAGUGUUUCGUGUGAGUCAACAAGAGCAUUUUUUUUUGAAGGUGUAUGAUUUUGCCUGGUGAAUAUUUCUGUUUUUAUAUGGGGAUUGGAAACUAUCUUGGGCUUAUGUUUUGAAUGUCUUUAUUUUGGAAUAUGGUUGUUGUAUUCAUGAUGUGGUAGUGGAUAAUAUUUUUUUUAAUUAUCUCCUUUCCUCAUCACCAUUCCUUGGUUGUUUAUUCAAAACCCUGAACAUUCAUUUCCUAUGACCAUAAUACAUUUUAACUGGACUGAUGUAGCCUGGUCCCAGAUCUGUUUUUGCUAUAAUGCCAGUCCUUGUCAUGACAAUGGGUGACCAUGGAAUUUGCAUGAUAGCACAAACAGACUGGAACCCAGGCUAGCUUUGAAGAUUCUGGCUAGUAAAUCAACUGAGGUCAGUUGUACACAUACCUAAAUAUGGUCAAUUCUCAUAACUUUUUUUUUUUUUUUUUUUCAUUUUGCAAAUGUAAGUGGCAGGCUGUUACUGAAACUAGUGAUUUAUCGUCACGUGCUGUGACAUUGGUUUGCUAGAAAGACCAUAUUCCCAGUUGGUGCCGUGUAACGUCAGAAUGUAAAAAGAAAAUGACAUCCUUCUUCAAAAAUUGUUACUGAGUGGUUCAGCGGUAUGACAGGAUCAGUAGCUUACUACACUUUAAAAAACUUAACAUCACAUGGUUAUACUUUUGCAAUCCGAUUGGCUAUAACCUAAACAAAGUUAGAUAUUUAACUCGCAAUGUAAUUUAGAGGGUAGUCGCAGAUGUCCUAUUUUCAUAAUGAAUGGUCAAAUACCUGAAGAUAGGAUAGCCUAUCCUCUUGUCCGAGAACUAGGCGAUGACCUUGCUGUGAAUGCAAUUAUGUAAACUGUCAAUUGACACAUUAUUCCCCACUUUGUAAUUCCAUGUGAGGUUUAUGGAUGAUUUAUCAAUAAACGACUAUUUAAAAAAAAAAA